CAACCCAGUUACUAUGAGUGGUCGUGUCAGACGGAUGCUUUGGACGAGCAUUUUUCGCGUAAACUAAAUUGAUUUCUUUUAAUUAAAUUACAGUGAAUAGUUGUGUUAACGAUGUGUGUGUGAUGUGUGAAAUGAGAAUUAUUAUUGUGAAUAGAAAAACACAUAAGACUUAAAAAAGGGGAUGUAAAGUGAAACAAAAAUGGCUUCAGGAGACACUGAUCAUAUAGAAAUAAUGGAAAGUGGUGUGUCGAAGAAGACGGAUAACGCAACGGGACCUGGCUCGGAGGACGACGAUCGCGACAAGAGCUCAAUAGCUGAAAAAAAUGCUCCGUACGAC